UGUUGGGUUGCCCCAUGCUUGAAGUUGUUGAGUAUAGUUUGAAUCGAGUGAGAUGUGAAUUGGGGUUAGGCUUAGGCUGAGCCUGAGCUGAGAUUGGAUGUGACUAUGACAACUGAGUUUUUCUUAUGGUUAAAAUUGGGUUGUAUUCAUAUCAUGCCUCCCUUUCAAUGGGAUAACUUCAUUUUGUGUGGGGGAGUGUGCAGGCAAGGUACAAUCAAUGUUGUGGAGCUUAUAGCACCAAGAAUGAAUUUUUGCUUUUUCUUUGGUGGUGGGGUGUGUUAAUGAUGAAUGAAUAUGUGGAUGGGGAGUAAAGGAAAGUUAAGUGUUGGUUAUGGGCUUUUCUUUUACAUUUCCCAAUUCCCAGUAUUCCAUUUUUUUUUUCCCAGAAAUAUUAGAAAUUUCACAUCUUGUCAUGUAUGAGAGGGACAUGGGACCAUUUCUUGAUAACAUUGUAUAGUUUAUUAGACAGUUUGUAUCAUUGCGUUAUACUAAUCCCUUCUAAGGUGUCUGGUUAGAGUGCUACUGCGGAUGAUUUGCUCCCGAAGGAGGUAAAUAGUGUGUGCUUGUGAGAGAUGGGCUGUAGAUUUGUUGAUCCAUGCUGGGCCUUUUACUAACACUAGAAGCUACAUGUUUAACCAGACAAUAUAGAUUGUCCAUGACAAAUGAGUAUAUAGCAUCAAAAAGUAGUUUGGCUUUUGUUCGUUUAAAGUACACAGCCUUCACAUCUCUCUUGUUCUUGUUUCCCCCACCAUUCUUUAUCCACCCCCAAUACAAAUAAGCAAAAAUAGAAAGAAAAAAAAAAUUCUUUGCUUGAAGAAUGGGGGGAGAACCGGGAGAUGAUCAGGCAUCUAACAGCGAUGAAAAGAAACGAAGGUUUAAGAGAAUUUGUGUUUUCUGUGGUAGUAGGACUGGUUAUAGAUCGUCGUUCAGUGAUGCAACUCUUCAGCUUGGUAAAGAACUGGUUGAACGAAAGAUUGACCUGGUUUACGGUGGAGGAAGCGUUGGCUUGAUGGGUUUAGUCUCUAAAACCGUCUUUGAUGGAGGGUGUCAUGUUCUAGGAGUAAUCCCUAAGGCCCUCUUGCCGCAUGAGAUAUCUGGAGAAACCGUGGGAGAUCUAAAAGUAGUGACAGACAUGCACCAGAGAAAGUCAGAAAUGGAGAGAAACGCUGAUGCUUUCAUCGCACUUCCUGGUGGUUAUGGGACCAUGGAGGAAUUGCUCGAAGUGAUAACCUGGUCUCAAUUGGGAAUCCAUGAAAAGCCCGUUGGGCUGUUAAACGUCGAUGGCUACUAUGAUGGGCUGCUUGCAUUGUUCGACAAGGGAGUGGAGGAAGGCUUCAUCAACGAUUCAGCAAGAAACAUAGUGGUCUUAGGCGACACAGCCAAGGACUUAAUCACGAAAAUGGAGGAGUAUGCGCCGGGUCACGACAGAGUUGCAACCAGACAAAGCUGGGAAGUGGACCAAUUAUUAGAGUCUACUUCAAGUGGGGAAAACCAUGGUAUCUUAGAUGAUGAUCAAGAUCAGCCUAUAUGAUUAUGGUUGUUGCUUAUAAUUAUGUUGUGUUUUUUUUGUUGUUGUUGUAGUUGUUCCAUUUUAAUCAGAAUGAAAGGGACUGGAUAGCCUAGCCAGUCCUUGUCUCUCUACUGUUGGUUGAUAUACAAACACAUGUGUGAAAACUUCACUCCCUCAUCA